GUCAAACAUUCUAUGGAAAACGAGGCGACCGACAUCAACAAACUUUGCGCUUCGGUCCCAGAUGACUUGGCAAAAAUCAUUCGGGAAUAUCCCGAUAUUUUUCCGGACGACUUGCCAAGUGGACUGCCACCCGAACGACCCCAAGACCACAAAAUCGAGUUGGAGCCCGGCAUGCAGCCUACUGUACGAACUCAAUGGCGCCUGACUCAGCCCGAGCUACACGAAUUACGGAACCAACUUGACUACCUGCUGGCAAAAGGGUUUAUUCGGCCGAGCACGUCCCCGUUCGCAGCACCGAUCUGGUUCACCCCAAAGAGGGACGGUGGACUUUGCAUGUGUACGGACUAUCGUGCCCUUAAUUGGGUAACGAUAAAAUCGCGCUACCCAAUCGCACGCAAGGGCGAGCUGAUUGACAAACUUCGCGGAGCUCGCUACUUUUCGAAGAUCGACCUUCGUGGCAGUUACCAUCAAAUUCGGGUGUUCGCUGACAUCUGUCACGAAACCGCGCUUCGUACUCGCUACGAGAGUUACGAAUACAUGCCUUUUGAAGUCAUCACCGACGCACGUGACAUCGCCAUCGGAGCAGUGCUCAUGCAAGAUUUCGGCAAUGGUCUUCAACCAAUCGCGUACGAGUCUCGGAAAAUGCAAUCUGCUGAGUGCAACUACCAGGUAUACGACAAGGAGAUGCUGGCGAUUGUCCACACAUUCAAAAUCUGGAGGUGCUACCUGAUUGGAGCAGACGUGACGGUGCGAACCAACCAGAAAUCCCUACAGUACCUGAGGGCGCAGCCGAAUCUCAACCCGGGCAGAUACGCUGGCUGGACUAUCUGGAAUAUGGUAACAGACGUGCAGCAUUACGUGGCCGUGUGUCCAAUCUGCCAGCGAAUGAAAUCAUCACAUCAGCGACCGACAAGACUUUUGCAGCCCCUCGAGCCACCUCAACGCCCAUGGCAACACGUGACGAUGGAUUUCGUUACAGGUCUGCCAGCCGGAUCCAGCAAAAACGACGCAGUAUUGGUUGUCAUCGACCAAUUGACGAAAACGAUGCAUUUUGCACCAUGUUGUACAACCAUCACAGCCGAAGAAACCGCACGACUGUUCAUCUCGACCGUUGUUCGCCUACACGGGAUACCAGCAGCAAUCAUACGCGGUCGAGACCCGAAGUUCACGUCAAAUUUUUGGCAAGACAUGUGGGCUCGGUAUGGCAUGCGCCUACAAUUCUCAUCCGCUUAUCAUCCCCAAACGGACGGUCAGACAGAGAGGACAAACCAAAUGAUGGAACAACUGAUAUGGACAAACUGCUCUGACCGAAACAAAUGGGAGGACGCGCUUCCCAUGUUGGAAUUCUCCUACAACAAUGCGCCCUCAUCUACGACUAAUCACUCCCCGUUCUACAUCAAUUACGGGAUGGACCCGACAGUACCUAUCUCUACCAACGUUGAGAGAUAGCUUGUAUGGUGUUGGAGUGCCAGAACCCAUCAGGGUCGAAGUCGGGGUCAAGAUCCGGCGGGUGUGUCCAGGCGGCGAACGACACGAUUCCGUCGCUGUCGGCAGUACCGCGGUCGGGGACGAAGUCCAACACGAAGACGCCGGACUUCAGGAGAGCACGACCGAUGAAGAGACCGCCCUUCCCGUGGUAAAGGCGAAACUCGUU